ACUGCCUCGCACCUCCCCGCGGAGCGAGCGCACUCCCCUCCUCCAGGCUGCGGCCGGGCCCACGGCUACCCUUUCCGACCCGGCCACACCUGGAACCGCACCCCGGGCCGGGCAGAGGAGGAGAAGGGCGGCCCUGGGAGGGACCUGGCCAGGAGAAUCCGUGGGGCGCCGACGAGGCCCGGAGGCGAGGGCGCGGCGGAGCGAGGCGAUGGCGCGGAGCCCGGGCGGCCGGUGCGCCCUGCUGCUGCUGGUGCAGCUGCUGGCGGUGGUCUGCUUGGACUUUGGAAAUGGACUUCAUUUAGAGGUCUUCAGCACAAGAAGUGAAAGCAAACUGUUCCCUAAGCACACACACUUGGUUCGUCAAAAAAGAGCCUGGAUCACUGCCCCUGUAGCUCUUCGGGAGGGAGAAGACCUUUCCAGAAAGAACCCAAUUGCCAAGAUACACUCUGACCUUGCAGAAGAAAAAGGGAUAAAGAUCACCUACAAGUACACUGGGAAGGGAAUUACGCAGCCACCUUUUGGUAUAUUCGUCUUCGACAGAAACACGGGAGCGCUGAACAUCACCAGCAUUCUCGACAGGGAAGAAACACCAUUUUUUCUGCUGACAGGCUACGCCUUGGACUCCAGUGGAAACAACUUAGAGAAGCCCUUAGAACUACGCAUCAAAGUUCUGGACAUCAAUGACAACGAGCCAGUGUUCACCCAGGAGGUCUUUGUUGGGUCCAUUGAGGAAUUGAGUGCAGCACAUACACUUGUGAUGAGAAUCACUGCAACGGACGCAGACGAUCCGGAGACCCUGAAUUCUAAAGUCUCCUACAGAAUUGUCUCUCAGGAGCCUGCCAAUACUCCUGUGUUCUACCUAAAUAAAGACACGGGGGAGAUCUAUACGACCAGUUUUAUUUUGGACAGAGAGGAAUACAGCAGCUAUUCCUUGACGGUGGAAGCAAGAGAUGGUAACGGGCAGAUAACAGAUAAACCAGUGCAACAGGCUCAAGUUCAGAUUCGUAUACUGGAUGUCAAUGACAAUAUACCUGUGGUGGAAAAUGAAAUGUAUGAGGUGACAGUGGAAGAAAACCAGGUAAAUGUAGAAGUCAUGCGGAUCAAAGUGACCGAUGCAGAUGAAGUGGGCUCCGAUAACUGGCUGGCAAACUUUACAUUUGUAUCAGGAAAUGAAGGGGGCUAUUUCCACAUUGAAACUGACACAAAGACUAAUGAAGGGAUUGUGACCCUUGUCAAGGAAGUAGACUAUGAAGAAAUGAAGAAGCUAGACUUGAGUAUCCUUGUCACUAACAAAGCAGCUUUCCACAAGUCCAUUAUGAGCAAGUACAAGGCCACGCCCAUUCCCAUCACUGUCAAGGUCCAGAACGUGAUUGAAGGCAUUCAAUUCAAAAGCAGUAAAGUCUCUGUCCGAGCUAGUGAGGCCAUGGAUAGAUCCAGCCUCAGUCGGCCGAUUGGAAAAUUUCAAGUUUUUGAUGAAGACACUGGACAAGCUGCUAAAGUAACAUACGUAAAAGUGCAAGACGUUGACAACUGGGUCUCUGUGGACUCCAUCACUUCAGAGAUUAAGCUUGUAAAGAUUCCUGACUUUGAAUCUAGAUAUGUCCAAAAUGGUACCUACACUGUAAAGGUUGUGGCUAUAUCUAAAGAUCAUCCUCAAAAAACCAUCACUGGCACCAUCGUUAUCACUGUUGAAGACACCAACGACAAUUGUCCCAUACUGGUGGACUCAGUACGGAGUGUCUGUGAGGAUGAACCAUACGUGAAUGUCACUGCAGAGGAUUUGGAUGGGCCCCAGAACAGUGGGCCAUUCAGCUUCUCCAUCAUUGACCAGCCUCCAGGAACAGCACAGAAGUGGAAAAUAACCCGCCAAGAAAGUACCAGUGUGUUGCUGCAGCAAAGCGAGCGGAAGCUCGGGAGAAGUGAGAUUCCCUUCCUCAUUUCCGACAGCCAGGGCUACAGCUGCCCGGAGAAGCAGGUCCUUCAGCUCACCGUGUGCGAGUGUCUGAAGGGUGGUGGCUGUGCGGCCGCACAGUAUGACAACUACGUCGGGUUGGGCCCUGCAGCGAUCGCUCUCAUGAUUCUGGCACUCCUGCUCCUGCUCCUGGUGCCGCUCUUGUUGUUGAUAUGCCAUUGCGGAGAGGGCGCCAAAGGCUUCACCCCCAUUCCUGGGACCAUAGAGAUGCUGCAUCCUUGGAAUAAUGAAGGGGCACCCCCUGAGGACAAGGUGGUGCCAUCGCUUCUGGUAACUGAUCGUGCAGAGAGCCCAGCAGUGAGAGGCGUCGUAGGAGGUGCAAUGCCCAAGGAAGGUGUGGUGAGAGGCAGUAGCUCAGCUUCUGUUAUCAAAGGGCAGCAUGAGCUGUCUGAGGUUGACGGAAGAUGGGAAGAACACAGAAGCCUCCUCACUGUUGGGGCCACUCACCAUGUAAAGACAUCAGGAGCCAUCGCUACCACUGAAACCACAAGGACAACAAGAGCCACAGGGGCUUCCAGAGACAUGAAUGGGGCUCGAGGAGCUGUUGCCAUGAAUGAGGAAUUCUUAAGAAGUUACUUCACAGAGAAAGCGGCCUCCUACGCUGGGGAAGACGACAUUCACAUGGCCAAAGACUGCCUUCUCAUUUACUCUCAGGAAGACACGGACUCUCUCCGAGGCUCCGUAGGGUGUUGCAGUUUUAUCGAUGGAGAGCUCGAUGACCUGUUCUUGGAUGACCUGGGGCUUAAAUUCAAGACCCUAGCUGAAGUUUGCCUAGGUCAAAAGAUCGAUAUGGAUGUGGACACUGAACAGAGGCAAAAGCCAGUCAAAAAAGCAAGCGUGAGCGAAGCUCCUGGCUCACACUACGAGCAAGUAACGACCAGCUCGGAGAGCACGUACUCCUCUAAUAGUGGCUUCCCAGCCCCCAGACCUCUGCAUGAGGCGCACACAGAGAAAGUCACGCAGGAAAUUCUCACUGAGAGUUCUGUGUCUUCCAGGCAGAGGCAGAAGGCAGGACCACCACCUGAUCCUGUGGCUUCCGGUAAUAUUGUAGUGACGGAAACUUCCUAUGCCACAGGCUCAGUGGUGCCACCCAGCACUGUGAUCCUGGCUCCCAGACAGCCACAGAGCCUUAUUGUGACAGAGAGGGUGUAUGCUCCCGCCUCCACCUUGGUGGAUCAGCAGUAUGCCAAUGAAGAGAAUGUCCUCGUUACCGAACGAGUGAUCCAGCCUAAUGGGGGCAUCCCUAAGCCCCUUGAGGUCACCCAGCAUCUGAAAGAUGCACAGUACGUUAUGGUGAGGGAAAGAGAGAGCAUCCUUGCUCCCAGCUCAGGCGUGCAACCUACUCUGGCAAUGCCCAGCGUGGCAGCAGGAGGACAGAAUGUCACCGUGACAGAAAUACUGACUCCUGCUUCCACUCUGCAGUCCAGUUACCAGAUUCCCAGUGAAACCUCCGUCAAGGCUAGGAAGACCAUGCUCUCUAGCGUGGGAGGCAUGGGCCCUGUGCCCAGUUUAGAUCUAGAGGAAUCUGGUCAUCCCAAUUCUACUAUAACCACAUCUUCCACCAGGGUCACCAAGCAUAGCACCGUGCAACAUUCUUACUCCUAAAGAGAAGCCAGCCGCAGUCUGAUCCUGAGCUUAACUAGCUUUCACUGGAUGUGUGUGGCCAUGCCCCUAUUGUUCUAUGAGCCACACAAAGACUUGCACAUUGGGAAAACUCUUUGACAUGCCAAAGACACUGUGUCUCAGGUAGGGCUGUAUAAUAAUGCGCUGUGAUUAUUUGGGGGAUGGAGUUAAGAUGCUAGUAAGUGCCUUUUAGUGCACUGUGCAAGCAAUCCUCACAAAUGGGACACAUAAAACUGAGUUCCAAGAACUUACCAAAUUAAAGCAGAGGACCUAAUUCAUCUGAUCAAGAAGGAUGGGUCUUUGCUAUUCAGCAGGGAUAGUUCUACCCCUUAUAUUACAGGACCACACAGGUUAUAGAUACCAAAUAGCACAUCCUCCCAGAGACACAGCUCCACUCUGGGCCUUCAUCUCCAGUUUCUGGUUCACUUUAACACUGGAACCCUGAGUAUACCACUGGAGCCCUUUCUAAUUGUGUAAAGUUGACAGAGUUUAGAACACUUUCAGGAUAAGAAUACAUAUUGUGUGUUUCUCUGCACAUAGCAUAAUCCUGUGAGCUUAAAAAAUGACUUCAUAUUUAUCCUUAUUUAUCAAAGGUCAUUAAAAUGUUUAGCAUUUCAAAUUAGUUUUAUAAUCCAGGAUAGCCAAGUGUGAUAGUGCAGGCCUUUAGUCCAGAACUCAAGAGGCAGGCAAAUCUCUCUGGGUUCUAGGCCAACUUGGUUUAUAUAAAGGGUUCCAGGACAGCCAGAGCUACAUAGAAAAACCCUGUCUCAAAACACAAAACAAACAACAGCAAAUACUAGCAAUAAUCCAGGAUAAAAUGCCUAGUGAACUUUUCUGUAAUGUGAUAGUACACUAUGAAGAAAAAGCUCAUCGUAUAUUUGUUUCUUAGCUACAAGUUAAUGCACUGAGGGGUUGAACAAAUGACCAAGUGGUUAAGAGCACAUUACUGUUCUUGCAGAGAACCCUACUACAGUUUCUGAUGUCCACAUACUGUGGUUCAAGGCUUGCAACCACCUCUAAUUCCAACUCAGGGGAUCUGAUGAUCUCUAAUGGACUCCAAAGACAUUGCACUCACAGUGGAGUGUGGUUAGUGAGCAGCCAUAUUCCACUCUUCCAUCCUCAGUGCCUCUCACAGCCGCCAUAUUCCCCUCUUGCCAUUGACUGCCUUCCAUCCUCAGUGCCUCUCACAGGACCCAAGCCAGUAUCUACGGAUCAAGAUAAGUUCCAUAAACCACUCUUUUACGAUUAGUCAAAUAUCAAGAAGACUCAGUAGUUCAAUAAUUAUGAAUUAUGAAUUUUACCACCUUCAUAUCUGAAAGUAAUUGGCUAGUCAUGACUUGAUAUACAUGAAGUAAAUAUUUUAUCAUAAAAACCCUUGAGUAAUUAGUCCAAUUUCACUCAACUUCCUUGCCUUGAUUCUUUAAGGAAGUUGUUGUUUGGAUUUUAUAGAACAUCAAUGGAAAGUAUUAUAUAAUAAAAAUUUGUUCCUAAAAAUAAUGUUUCAAAACCUAUGUAUAUAUCAGUCAUAAUUUAUAUUUAUGUUUCCCACCCCCCCCCCAAAAAAAUGUUGAAAACCAUCAAAUUUCUGGAUAUUUUGCUAGGAAAAUGAAAUUCUACUCAUAUUUUUGUAAACUUUUUUAAAAAUGUUGUUUACAUGAAUUGUGUUGUGAAAAAAAAUGUUAUACUGUGCACCUUAACUGUGAUGCAUGAAGUGGUUUUAUGCAUGGUCUGCUCUGUGGGACAGAGGUCACCUUAUUCCUAGGAUCUGGAAUUGUUUACUUUCUACAAAGUAAGCUUUGUGGGGAUCUUGCUUUCAUUUCCUUUGUAGCUGAUGUUAUCUUACCAAGUGUGCAGCAGGAAUCACACUACAGUGUGGAGUUAUAAAUACAUCCCAUGUGCUAAAAAGAAAAGCUAGAACUCAAGCUUGAGCUCCCUCUGUGGGUGGGUGUGAGGCGCCACUGCUCUUUUGUACAGGGUAUGAUCUUUCUUGUUCCUCAAACGGUGAUUUGCAUUAGUUUUUACAUUUGUUUCUUGGAGGGGGGAUUACAUUUGUGUGUGUAUCCAUGUAAAAUAUUUUAAUAAAAAGUCCACCGUCCUUCAGA